AAGUUUACUUUACAAUUACAAUCAUAUGAUAUGCAUAUGUAUAUGCUGUCUUCUCUUUCUCUCUCUAGUUUCUCUCUCCUCUUUUGUUAUUGUUUUGUUUCAACAUUGUGUCCACUUCAUGCUUUUGACUCUAAAGUGGAAAGAGAUUCUCAGAUCCAUAAGGAGAAAAAAACUUUUAGACAUUGUCACCAUCAACUUUUUUUGUCACUAGUUUUAAUUCUAUUAAUUAAGUUUCAAGCUUUUUCAACAAUUCAUCUUCAUGAAUGAUUCACAAUAUAACUUGUGAUGAUGAUUUACAACUAUUUGGACUGAAAUUUCUUGAGAUGCAAGUGCUAUGGAAUUGAAGUUGAGAUCAAAAGCUGUAUAUUUAUAGAAAGGAAAAUUGGAUUUAGAUUGUUUAAUAACUUAAAAAUCACGGUGAGAAAUCACGGUUGGAAAUCAGGUAGGACAGAAGCUACACAUACCAGCUUCUCAAAAUCACGGUGAAAAGGGUGUUAAACGUGCGGUAGAGGUGACCCACUGGGUUGCCAAACAUAGACUAAGUGAGGUUUGGUUCAAAUGGUUUGUGAGAUGGAGAGUGAUUGUAUUGAAGACGACAUGAUGGAAAUUGAAGUUUUACCAUCAAUGUGGCCAGAGGAUGUUGGAACUGAUGUUGGAAAACAGUUCAACAUAGAAAAACCAGGAAGAGAUCAAGAUAUGUUGGAAGAAGUAACAAUCUUAGAAGAACCAGCUAUAGCUGAUUUUCAAAGAUUAAUGGAGCUUACAAAUUAUACAGAAAAAGGGUCAUCUCAAUUGGCUUAUUUAAUGAAACAUUGGGAGUAUAAGCAGGCGAAUGCGGUUCGGCUUCUCCGAGAAGAGCUCGACAAUCUUAGUAAACAAAGGAAGGAAGUUGAGCUUAGAAAAUUGGAGAUACUUAAAGAUAAUAAUCGGUUCGAGGAAGAGAGUUACGGUGGAGAUAAACGUCCGGUUUCGAUAUUGGAUGAUGUUUACUACACGUGGCAAGAUCUACCGGUUGCGAUAAGGAAAAGUGAUGUUGUUGUUCAAAAUAAGAGAAUUGAAAUUGAGGCUGAGUAUGAUACUGUUGUUUACUGGAAACAUCGGUCGCAAGAUUUGGAAAAACAGUUGGAGGCAAGUAUUCGGAGAGAGGAAAUAUUAAAGGAGAAGUUACAAGAAAGUAUAGAGACUAUUGAAAGACAAUCUUCACCUGUGGAGGAACUGUCACAGAUUCUUAAAAGAGCAGAUAAUUUCUUACAUUUUAUACUUCAAAAUGCACCUGUUGUUAUUGGCCAUCAGGACAAAGAGUUGCGCUAUCGUUUUAUCUAUAAUCAUUUUCCAAGCUUACAAGAGGAGGAUAUCAUAGGAAAAACGGAUGUCGAAAUUUUCACGGGAUCAGGUGUUAAGGAAUCUCAAGAUUUCAAAAGAGAAGUAAUGGAGAAAGGAGUAGCUGCAAAAAAAGAAAUCACUUUUGAGACAGAACUAUUUGGAGCCAAGACAUUUUUGAUAUAUGUAGAACCUGUGUUUAGCAAAACAGGGGAAACAAUUGGAGUAAACUAUAUGGGAAUGGAAAUAACAGAUCAGGUGAGAAAAAGAGAAAGAAUGGCUAAGCUAAGGGAAGAAAUUGCAGUUCAGAAAGCUAAGGAAACAGAACUUAAUAAAACCAUUCACAUUACAGAGGAGACUAUGAGAGCAAAACAAAUGUUGGCAACAAUGUCUCAUGAGAUAAGAUCACCACUUUCUGGUGUUGUUAGCAUGGCUGAAAUUCUCACUACAACAAAACUUGAUAGGGAGCAAAGACAGCUCUUGGAUGUCAUGAUAUCUUCAGGAGAUUUGGUUCUUCAACUUAUAAAUGACAUACUUGAUCUUUCCAAAGUCGAGUCAGGAGCUAUGAAAUUGGAAGCUACAAAAUUCAGGCCAAGAGAGGUAGUAAGGCAUGUUCUCCAGACAGCUGCAGCAUCAUUGCAGAAAAUGUUAACAUUGGAAGGGGAUAUAGCAGAUGAUAUACCUAUUGAGGUCACCGGAGAUGUUUUAAGGAUUCGGCAGAUUCUCACAAAUUUAGUCAGCAAUGCUGUCAAGUUUACACAUCAAGGCAAAGUUGGUAUAAACCUUUAUGUUGUUCCAGAGCCAUCAUUUGCCAAAUCAGAAGAAUGCCACCAAAAGGUGACAGAAGACCAAUCAACUGUUUCUUCAAAUGGAUUGAAGGAAGAAAAACAGACAUCAUCACCAAGAAGUACUAGAUGCGAUCAAAAUCUUAUUGAUGGUAAAAAACACACUGACCAACCAAUCCAGAAUCAAGCAUUUAGCAACGAAUGUAGUAGAUCUUCGGCCAACAGUGAAUGCUCAAUGAAUGAUGAUACUGAGGAGCAAACUCAUUCAACUGAAACAACAGUGUGGAUACGUUGCGAUGUAUUUGACACAGGAAUUGGUAUACCAGAAAAGGCUAUACCUACUUUAUUUAGAAGGUACAUGCAAGUCAGUGCAGACCAUGCUCGAAAAUAUGGAGGCACGGGUCUAGGAUUAGCAAUAUGCAAACAACUGGUUGAGUUAAUGGGUGGUCGCCUAACAGUAACUAGCAAAGAACAUUGUGGUUCUACCUUCACAUUCAUACUACCAUACAAGGUUUCAACAGCUUGUGAUAAUUCUGAUGAUCCAGAUGACCUUUCAGAUGUUGAGAAUAAUGAAGACGACACAACCGAGGGGUUCUUCCAAUUCCAACCGCGAACAUUAGGUUCGCUUUUCUCUUCUAAUGGAUCCACCAGGCCACACAGAAUCUCACACAAGUUGAAUGGUUUUCCAGAUAACAACUCUUACUCAAACCUCUCUAGUAACAUCAAUUCAAAUGGAACAAAUUCAAUUGAGGAUGCAUCUUCAGUUAUUGUUAAUGCUUCAGAUAUGUCUGAAUCAACAAGUUCGUCAAGUCACUGCUCAGAAACAAAGCAUGAAUGUUUGGUUAAUGGAAACAAACAGAAUCAUGAUAAUGAUAAGGCACAUGUUAUGUUAGAAAACGGUACUGCGAACUCUAGUCAAUAUAAGGAAGCAGGUAGAGAAAUGGACUUAGAAACAAAGUCAAGUGAACCACAGCAAACAACAUGUCAAGGUCAAAGGAAGGAAGAUAGUACUAGUAGCACCAGCACAUCAUCAGAAGUAACCAAAUCGACGUUAAAGCCGAAUAUUCUUCUUGUUGAAGAUAACAAAAUUAAUAUCAUGGUGACAAAGUCAAUGAUGAAGCAGCUAGGAUAUAGCAUGGAUGUUGUGAAUAAUGGUGUUGAAGCCAUACGUGAGAUUCAACGGCAUUCUUAUGACAUAAUUUUGAUGGAUGUUUACAUGCCAGUUAUGAAUGGUCUUCAAACAACAAAACUGAUUAGAUCUUAUGAGGAAUCAGGCAAUUGGGAUGCUGCAAGAGAAGCUGGAAUUGAACCAAGUUUAUCGACUUCAGAUGAUCAUUCUGUACCACCUAAAAAGCGGAUCCACAUUGUCGCGAUGACAGCAAACACAAUGUCAGAAAGUGCUGAAGAAUGUUUCGCCAACGGUAUGGACGCAUUUGUGUCGAAACCAGUGACACUCCUAAAAUUAAAAGAGUGUCUUGAAAAACAUCUAAGGUGAUAUUCAUGUAAAUUUUACUUGUGUAAAAAGGAAUAAGAGCCUAGGAAAGUUUUGCAAAAGAAUGCAUCAUGUUCUUUUUCUCUUCAUCGGCGUCAUUGUAUAGAUCUAAAUUAUUCUUUAUUAGUCCAAUUUUUUCUAGUAGUUCUGAAGGGAGUGCUGCAAAAAAUAGCUAGUAUAGGACUAAUUGGAGUGUGAACGUAGCAGUACAAAACCGUUUUCUAAUAGGUUAUGUAUCGGGAAGCUUUGACCAUUGAUCAAUGGUAAUAUUUAUACAAAGGGAAGCUUCAGAGCUCUUUACCGAAAAGUCGAAUAGAUAACAGAAAUACAACUAACAUAACUAACUAACCAUCAAAGAGGUAUAUUAGGUAGAGCUAUAGCCUCGUCAAGCUGUCGCAUAUACCUUGAAUUUUCAACCAUGUCAAUCUUGGAUAAUGAAGAGUGAUAAGUGAAAGGCGGAACGAAGAGGUUUUGUGUGUGUGUGUCAGCAAUUUGAUUAGCAGAAGAGAUUGGUAUAGAAGAUGAAUGCAACACUUAACAGAUUUUGUUACCAACAAGGUAAUAAUCUAUUUCGAUAUGUUUUAUGCGCUCAUGAAAGGUUGGAUUCCGAACUAUUUGUAUGGCUGAAUGGUCGAAUUGUUACUCAAAAAAUUGGAACAUGAUUGAGACAAGAGUGUUGAAGAUCUCACGACAAGAAUGAAAAAAGCCACUCAGUUUGAUGGUGACUUGUUUUUUUAAUUUCCAUGAAAUUAAAACUAGAUGAAGAAAGAUUUAAUAUCUUGUUACAAAUACGAGAGAACCCAAGUAAGAUAGUAUAGUGUUAGAAUGCACUCCCCCCAUCUCAACUUAAGUGACAUUUUUAUAAAGAAAUCAUAUUAGAUGACAUUUUUUAUUUUUUAUUUUUUAAUAUAAGUUGUCUCCUAGUAAAUACUGUGUAUCACAUCUUCUCCCAAAAAAAUCUUUUUCAAAUGUUUCAUUUCUUCUUAAGCAAGACAGUGAUGGUGUUUAUUUUCGGUUGUAAAUAUUAGGCCAUCUGAUCACUAUUAUAAGCAUAUCUCUAUAUAUAUCUUAUGACUUCAGCACAAGUGUCUUGGUCAUCCUCAUUUGAAAAAAAAAAA